AUGUUUGAGGUAGAUGACAACUACACACGUGUGUCAGAGUUUGUGAUCGUUGGCUUCCCGGGGCUCCAUCCAUCCUUCUUCCACCUGGUGGCUUGGUUCUUCUUCUUCGUCUAUGUGACCACGGUGGUGGGGAACUUCCUGCUGGUGGUGCUGUUUGCCCUGGAGCGCAGCCUGCAGAAACCCAUGUACAUCAUCAUGCUCAGCCUGGCUCUGUCAGAUAUAGGUUUUGCCACAGUGGCCCUUCCCAAUCUGAUAGCUCGGUGGUGGUGGGACGACGGGAGGAUCUCAUUCCAUACCUGUAUGUUCCAGGAACAAAUGAUCCACUAUUUCGGAACGCUCAACUCUCUCAUUAUGAUGACCAUGGCUAUGGACCGGUACCUGGCUAUCUGUCACCCUCUCAGAUAUCCUAUGUUGAUGACCAACCGGACUAUGAGUGGUCUGACAGUCUUCUCCUGGAUAUCAGCCCAAGUGGCACCUGCCAUCGUCACCGUAGACUUCAGCAGGAAAGUGGCGUUCUGUGGUCCCAACCGUAUCCUUCAUGCCUACUGUGAUGCUAUAGCACUGACUAGGCUGUCCUGUUCCAACAUGGUGGUGAUCAAUAAUAGCUCCUAUGGGCUGGCCAUGUUUGUCCUCCUCGUCCCCUUCUCCCUUAUCAUCUUCUCCUACGUCAGCAUCAUCGUCACCGUGAUGCGCAUGGCCAACGCACAGGGCAGACGGAAAACCUUCUCUACCUGUGGUACUCAGGGAUGUCUGAUUAUUAUCUACUACAUCCCGCGCUUCAUAGUUUACUCCACGCCCUACAUGCCCAACCUGACAAUUACCCCUGACCUCCGCGUCGGACUCAGCCUCAUCUGUAGCCUGUUCCCUCCAGUGGCCAACCCGUUCAUCUACUGUUUCAGGACCAAGGAAAUCAGAACCAUCCUGGGACGCUGGAGAAAGGGCUGGGGGAACAGCCGGACAGAACCGCGUAAACCCAACACUGUGGCUGUUAUCACUAGAUGAGAUACCACACACUGGGGGUUAUAGGGUUAUAUAACAUGUUAUAACAUGAGUAGGAUAGCCAUCCUGGGGUGCUGGGGACAGGGCUGGAAGAACAACAUCCUGCCUGUCAUCACUAGAUGAGGGGUUAGGUUAUAACAUGUUAAUUCAGGGUUAUAACAUGUUAAUACAGGGUUAUAACAUGUUACGUUUUGAACAGACAACGCAACUCUGUAGCUGUUAUCACUAGAUGAGACUCACUCAGAUGUGGUUCUGUAUCAGUGUAAAAAAAAUAUAUAUCUGUUUCAUCUUUAAAAUAUGACUUAUGGCAUCGGCUUCUGACUGGUCUUAUUGCUCCGGCUUUGUUAGAUAUUACUAUUCUCAAUGGAUAUGACGGAGAUGACACUUGGCAUUCUGAAAAAAUAGCAUUUAUUUGUAUUUUAUAUAGUAUCAUAACAAAUAGUAAAUCUAAUUUUAAACAAGCCAGUUAAUUGUGCUGUCUGAUUAACUCUCAACCAGUAUGGAUAAUGUGUAAUAAACAGGGGAGUUGUAAUGCCGACGUAGGGAAUCAGGAAGCAGGUGCAGUUAACGAGUUUAAUAAUAACGAAC